UAUAAUCAAUAUUAAGAAGCCAAAACCCUGAAAUCUGGAAAAUCAAUCAUUGAAUAUGAAGAAUGGUUAUGAACAACAUCAAGAAUCCACCAACAAGAAGCCCAAGUCAAACUUGGCAUUACCAAUUUGUGAGAACAAGAAGACCAGAGACUUACCCAAUUUAUCAGAAUGCCAAACUUGUGGUUUUCGAACCGAUGCUUGUUCCGGUAAGAACAGAAUUCAAAUUUUAUACAGUGAAUGGCGAAUUGUUCUUCUUUGCAAUAGAUGUCUUUCUCGCGUUGAAUCCUCCCUAAUUUGCUCUUAUUGCUUUAAUGAAACUACAAAUGAUUCGUUUUCUUGUUCUCAAUGUAAGCGUUGUGUUCAUAGAACUUGCUUUUUAAAGUACAGAACUGUUUCUCCUUGGUCGUAUUCUUCUUCUUCUUCCAUGGACUUUUCAGUUUGUGUUGACUGUUGGGUCCCUGAAUCAAUGAUAAAAAGGAGAGGGUUUUUUAUUGGUAGGAACUAUAGUAGCCAUUCUAAGGUUUUCAAUGACGCCCAAUCUUUGAAGGACCCCAAUUUUGCUUUGGAGAGGACAGUUGUGUUGGCCUUGAUGGCUCCACCGAUGGCGGCAAAGAAGCUGAUGGAGGUGGCAAAGAUGCCAAUGGAGAUGGAAAGUAAUGCAUUGAAUUUGGAGGUAAAGAGGGAGGGCGAUGAUUGUAAUGAUAAGAAGGUUGUUGAUGAUGCUGAGUUGGCGUUUAAGCUGCACCGGGCAAUGAAUAGCUCGCGGAGGAUUUCAAAGAAUUUAUGUGCUGUGAAAUCGAGUUCUUCCAGUGUUCCCAAGAUACAGGAGUUUAAUGAUAAUUUGGUUCUUAGAUGCUCAGAUUCAGGGAAUCCUAGUGUUUCUUGUGAGAUUGAGGUUUGUGCUAAUAAGAAGAUGAAUGAGAAUCUGGAUAGAAAUGUUUUAGAUCCUUUGCUAUGUGUUAAAGAUGAGGAUAUAGGAGUGCAACUGAAGGAGGGAGAGGGGAGCUGUUCAAACAAAUUGGUAAAGUCAAGUGGAGAUGAAAAUAGUACAAACUUUGAGUCUAGAUCUUGUCAUAAUAAUCAAUAUGAAUCUACUGAAUGCAAGGUUGAAACAUGUGAUGGAAAGCCUGAUCGCUAUUUGUUGAAGUAUAGAAAGAGGAAUCCAAGCUCCAAACGAGUUCCAAAUGGUAGACCUAAGAUUCUGUAUGAAAGAAUUCCCAAUCAAAAUCAGCCUCCAGAUGCUGGAUUAUCUUUAAAUUGUUCAAGGGAAUCGAGAACAUUCUCAAAUGGUUCAUUUCAGUCAUGUGCUUUUCCUCUACAAGCAUCUACCUGUGCAAGUGGUUUGUCUCCAGAUCAGUCUUAGAGGGAACAGAUUAUAAUUAUCAUUUCACGGAAGAUCUUGGAAAUUAUCUCGCAAAGGCAUUCUUUAGUUUCCUUAAACUUGAAGCUUCUGGUGAGUUCUGAGGAAGUAUUAAAGUUUUUGGAGGAUUGGCGACUGGGGAGAUAUAUUAGUGUAUAUACUCUUCUCUUUAUAUGCUUAGAAAGUCCCACUUUAUUUUUCUUAAAAGCAGCUUGGAUUCUUCCCCCUAUUCUAGAGGUUUGAAUUUUAGAAUACUUUAGGAAUUUGAAUGUCGAGGAAGCGGCUAAAUUUCUGUACUCUUGGUUGGAUUAGAGUGUGUUUUCUUAUAAAU